GAGAGAGAGAGAGAGAGAGAGAGACGAGCACAUCUUUAUCAAUGUGAAACAGGAACAUCAGCUCCGUGUGUCAAGGAUCGCUGAAAGAUCUCUUCAAACAUCAGAAUGCUGUUGACUGUUGCUUGUCUUCAGCUUCUUUUGGCCCCUGCUUUUAUGCAAUCCACUGGUGAUUACUGGAAUGAGUGGGGUCCGUACGGGGAGUGUAGUCGGACCUGUGGUGGUGGAGUGACCGUGAGGAUGAGGCGAUGUGCAACCAAGCGGACUGAUGGAGGUCACAACUGCAUCGGUCCAGAGAAAUCCUAUCGUUCAUGUAAUGUUCAGGAUUGUCCAGAAGGGUCCAGAGAUUUCAGAGAGGAGCAGUGCUCUCAGUUUGAUGGCUCAGAUUUUCAAGGGAAACGCUACAAAUGGCUCCCGUACUAUGGUGCGGCAAAUCCCUGUGAGCUAAACUGCAUUCCCAAAGGAGAAAAUUUCUACUAUCGGCAUCAAUCUGUGGUGGUGGACGGCACACCCUGCCACCCAGGGGGAAAAGAUGUCUGUGUGGCGGGACUGUGUAAGCGUCUGGGUUGUGAUAACAUGUUGGAGUCGAAUCAGGAAGAAGACCCAUGCCUGCAGUGUGGAGGAAAUGGACAGACGUGUGAUCAAGUGAAAAACUCUUUCUCAAUGCGCAACCUGCCUAAAGGUUACAAUCAAAUGUUCAUCAUUCCUGUUGGAGCUACGACAAUCAGCAUCCGGGAGACUGUACCAACACGAAAUUACCUUUCAAUUAAAAACCUGCGGGGCGAGUACUACCUUAAUGGACAUUGGGUGAUUGACUUCUCUCGUGCCACACCCAUCGCCGGUACCAUGCUGUAUUACCAGAGGGGACCUGAGGGGGAAAAGACCCCUGAGAUCAUCACAGGCCGCGGUCCCACGACUGAGCCUUUGGUGAUAGAGCUAAUUACUCAGGAGCCAAAUGAGGGAGUCGCGUAUGAAUACUAUCUGCCUAAAGGACGCUCUACUGAAGGAUACUUCUGGAGUUAUGGCUCCUGGGGUGCCUGCAGCAAAGAGUGCGGCUCAGGUUAUCAGUCCCGUCUGGUCUUCUGUACCAUUGAUAAUGAAGCUUACCCGGAUUACCUGUGUGCAUCUCUUACCCGACCCCUCUCUAACCGCACAUGCAAUGAACAACAGUGCCCACAAACCCGCAGGAUGGCGUAUGUGUACGAGCCGCAGUUGUGGAGGCCCAUGGAACCACAACGAGUCUCUGUACAAGUGUACAGCUGGAUGACUGCAGAGUGGAACCCGUGUCCAGUGACCUGUGGCGGCGGUGUUCAGGUGAGAAGAGUGGAGUGUAUGUCUCAUGACUCGACGGGAUCGCGGGUGGUUGAGGAUUCUCAGUGUGCUGCGUAUACUCCAAGACCUCUCAGUCAACAAAACUGUAACAUGCAGAAGUGUGCUCGGUACAAAGUUUACAGCUGGAGUCAGUGUUCUGUGUCGUGCGGCAGUGGGCAGCAGAUGCGAGAUGUGGUGUGCAUAGGUUCAGAUGGAGCACAGCUAGAGGAUUACGCAUGUGGGACGCAGCCAAAGCCCCCCAAGACAAAGACCUGUCAGAUGCCUGUCUGCAGAAGUCCCAUCGGCUGGCAUAUCGGAGACUGGGGUCUGUGCUCUAAGAGUUGCGGCUCGGGCCUGCGAGAGCGGCAGGUGAUCUGCGCAGACAGACAGAGAAAUUUGUACAGGACAGAAGAGUGCCAGGGCAUCACCAAACCUUCAACGGUGGAAAACUGCAACACUCAGCCAUGUUACAGGCCUCAGGAGGUGCCCAGCAUGCCAGACCCAUCAGGAUAUGACAACACUGUUCAAGGUUUCCAGCCGUACAUGAACGAUCCCUCAUUAGCACCUCCUCCGAACAAUCCAGUCAACACUCCAACUCUCCCUCCUCCCUGUAGUCAAACUCGAUACGGCUGCUGUCCAGAUGGAGUCACCUCGGCCAGUGGACCAGAGGGACAAGGUUGUGUUCAGAGCCCAACUCAACCCUCAUGCACAUGGAGCAGGUACGGCUGUUGUCGUGAUGGUGUGACCGUUGCGCAGGGACCCAACAAAGAGGGUUGUCCUGAAUCCUGGCUGUACUGGACUCCAACAUCAGAUCCUGUACCAUCUGUACCGACAGACUGUCAAACAUCCAAGUACGGUUGCUGCUAUGACGGUUUGACUGCUGCUGGUGGUCCUCGUGGAGAGGGUUGCUCCAAUCCCCCAGGCAAUACACAGAGCUCCCCAUCCUGUGACCUGCCCCAUACGAUCGGACCAUGUGAUCAGUGGACCUCCCGUUACUAUUACGACCGCUCUGCAUCACGCUGCGUGCACUUCUGGUACGGCGGCUGCGACGGCAACAGCAACAACUUCAUCUCGGAGGAGGAUUGUCAGGGCACGUGCCUGAGAUCGGCUGCGAAUCCGCAGCGGGACCACGUUUUGUCUUUGCUGCGUGCAAGAAGUCGCUCCCGCUUCAGCUCCGGGGUCGGGACACACACACGCCGGUCUCACUGGCCACCUGCCGACGCGAUGCACCAGAACGACCCUGCCGCCAGUUGGACCGCUGCAGGCGUGAGUAUAGACAAGUCAGACCCCUCUACGGUGGAGGGUUUGGUUGGUCAGCGGGUGAUGUUGCCCUGCAGGGUGACCCCUCCGCCCUCCUCCACUGUAGUUGUGGAGUGGAGACGAGAUGGUGUUCCUGUUGACCCCAUCAGGCAUCUGCAGCAGUCCGACGGCUCUGUUUUAGUGGGUCCCAUCACAUUACAAGACUCCGGAUGGCAUUUGUGCGUGGCCACGAGAGACCGUGAGAGAGAUCAUCGCUAUAUCUACCUGUCCGUCUCAGGUAAUAACACUCCACUGCGCUUAUUCACAAGUCAUUUAUACUCAAUUAAAUGUUUCGUUUCACUCUCAGAUACAGGAACCGCCCAGAACGGUGCAGAAACAGAGGCUGGUUCAUCACAGUCAGACACGUCACAUUCAUCUUCCAGGUUCACCAUAGAUUAUGCACCAUUGGUUGAAGCUCGUGCUGGUCAGGCUGCUAAACUUCAGUGUACAGUGCUGCCAUCUUUAGCCAUACAUACAGUUACCAUUCACUGGAGCAGAGCUGGACAACCACUUAACUCACUCAGACACUCUCAACACUCAGAUGGCACAUUGAUGAUAAAUGCCGUGACAUCAGAAGAUUCAGGAGUUUAUACCUGCACAGUCACUGACGCCCAUAAGCGUGAAGAACGUCAGAUUCAGCUCAAAGUCUUUGGUGACCUCAGGAUCACUAAAGCACCCACAGAUGUCAGUGUAGCUCCAGGCAGCGUCGCUCAACUGUCCUGUGUUGUGUCAGGAGAAAACGCCAGAGUGGGCUGGUCGAGGAACGGUGUACCUGUGAGACCUGAUGGACAUCACGUGCAUGUGACUGCAGAUGGCACACUCAUUAUAAAUAACAUCCAGGCAUCAGAUGAGGGGAAAUAUACCUGUAACGCUUACAGCGGGACGUACUCCAUCAGUGCAGCGGCUGAAAUAAAACUGGUCAAAUCACCUCAACAAGAUUUUGAUUGGUUGCCCCGAGACUGUGUGGAUCAGCCUGAACUAGCAAACUGUAAGCUGAUUGUGUACGCCCGCCUGUGCUCCAAUCAGUAUUACUCCAGUUUCUGCUGUGCCAGCUGUGCCAAAUACACAAAAGACAAAAGACAGACCAAUCAGAUCAGAGGUUAGGUGCAAUGAAUCCAGAACUCUCAUUGGUUGAUUCAGACUCACAUUUACUCAUCUUACAUCAUCUUCCCAUUUCUGAAGAACACAUCAACACUGACCUCAGAUCUGCAGCUUGUGGAUUUAAUUCCUAUUAUAAAUACUACUGUGUACCAACUGAUCCUUCAUUUUCAUGUUUAUUUAUCAGUAUGUAUUAAGUGGAUUUUAGUAAAUAUCUUUUAAAAAGCAGUUAUUGAUCUUUUUAUGAACAGGUCUAUGCUUAUUUUUUUAAUAAAAAAUAUUUGUGCGGUAAACUAGAAAACAUUAUGAAUAUCUCAAAAUACAUUUUAACAUAAAUGACAAUCUGUAUAUUUUUUUUCGCCCCAACAUGAAGGAUUGUUUGAAUAUAUAAAGAUUAAAAUGGAUUCAUAUGCAACUGUUCCCAUUGGAUUAAUUGAUAGAUUGAUUUAAAUAUUUACUUAAUUCAUAAUAACUCAGUAGAAUAAAUUAACAAAUAAAUAUUUUUAAACACUGUAAAUGACUUUAAUGCUUUAUGUGGAUAUAGUUAUGUGUUACUUGAGGGUGAUGAGAUAUCACACUUAAUACAUAUUAAUACAUAUGAGUGUUUAAUCUGUCUAAUAUGGAAGCCCAUUUCCGCCACAUAUGAAAAACAUGCUCUGGUAAAUCAUAAUUAUGAGAUAAAACAUCGAAGUUUUGACUUUAAAAAUAAUAAUUCUGAGAUAAGAAGUAAAAAUUAGGACUUUAAAAGUCAAAAUUCUUAGAUAAAAAGUCAUAAUUAUGAGAUAAAAAAUAGCAGAUAAAAAGUAAAACUUUAAAAGUCAUAACUUUGACUUUUUAAAGUCAUUAAUUUUCUCGUAAUUAUGAUUUACUAAAGCAUGCUUUUUCUUAUGUGGCGGAAAUUGUAUCACAUGUUCAG